CCAUGGGCAGGUGUAGCUCAGGUAUAUGUAUGAACCCUUCCCUUCUUAUUGUCACAACGAGAAAGAAGAACAAGAUCUUAGCACAGAGACCACCGCAGAAAAUCCAGUAUAUACAGCGUUAUCAGUGUCCGUCUGGGUGAAGGAAUGCAGCGGGCAGGACUCCUGGUGGCCGCGGUGACCGUUGUGGUGGCGGUGCUUCUGUGCGGUGAGGCAGCGGAGGCCAAGAGGAUCAGCAGGUGUGAGAUGAAGACGGCUCUGGAGGAGGCGCUGAUCCUACCCUCCCAAUGGAAGAAGUUCAAGAACCUCAUCCUGGCUAGAGUGAUUUGCGAUGCGGAGAAGAGGAGUAACCUAACAACCGGUUUGGUGAAAUUAAUCAGCCAACCUGAACCUGUAAGUCCGACUUCCGCCCCCACCCCCACCCCCACCCCCACAACCCGCAAACCCAUGCCCACCCCGGUCAUGCCCACCACCAUGCCCACCACCAUCACAGCAACAAGCGGCACAACCACAAACAACACCAGGGUGUCCAACCGCACCACGGUGUCCAUGACCACCACCAUGUCCCCCACGACGUCCAAGACCCCUAUUGGGUCUACCACCCACGGUUCCAGGAGGAAGAGAAUGGCAGGGAAGGGAGACGGGGAAGACCGUAUGGAAGCCACGACGGAGAAGCCCCUCAAUUUGACUGCGAUGGAGAAUUCCCUCGAAGAAGACGCGUCCCGAAAUGAUGAGGCUGAGGUAGAGGAGGAAGACCAGGAUAACGUUUCAGACGAGGAGGGAGACGAGGAUGACGAGGCUGACGCUACAGACGAUGAUAAAGAGGAAGCAGAUGAAAGUGAUGAAGAGGAGCAGGUGGAAGAUGAAAGUGAGGAGGAGGAGGAGGAGGAGGAGGAGGAGGAGGAGGAGGAGGAGGAGGAGGAAGAGGAGGAGGAGGAGGGGGAGGAGGAGGAGGAGGAGGAGGAGGAGGAGGAGGAGGAGAAGGAGGAGGAGGAGGAAGCCACCAUAAGCCCCGAACCCAAGCAAGGUGAGCGGUUCUACGGGGUGUUCCAGCUGAAUGACAGGUUGCACUGCGACUCAAACCUUCAGCCCUCCUGGAACCUCUGCCAGACCAACUGCCAGGCCUUCACCGAUGAAGACAUUUACGAUGACGUCGCUUGCUUCUUACACUCUGGUAACUGGCUCCGGCGUCUGAAGCAGGGGAAGUGUUCGAGCCUCGUUAACCACCAUGACUUCUUUAAAGCGUGUCACCUAUAAAUGGCAGCCUGCAAGAUCUCCUCAUCGCCGCUAGAGGACAGCAUCCCCUUCUGUUAUAUAGGCCUACGUCUCUUUGCUGUCUGGGUUGUGUCUUAUGUUAAUAACUUUAUAUCAUUUAAUGUUAAACCUGCACUAUGGAACUAUUCUACUGAAGCUUCUUUCUAUUUACUACAUUUACAGAAUAACAAAAAUAGCGGUCUGGUCUUGAGCCCAAUGUUGGGAAAUCCCCACGCUAGCUUCUUCGUGUAGGAUGUAACGUCAUGUGAUUUGUUCAUGUAGAAAAAAAACGGCGGUACUUUUUGGUUUUGAUAAGGAUGUACAAAAACACCUGGCUGGAAAACAUGCUCACAGUAUUCCUUGGUUAACGUAGUCAAUAACUUACAUUGGCUCCUUCUCUGUCAUUGUUUGAAUGAAUAAAUUGCAUUUGAAAGACA